AUGUCAAGUAGUGGUUUUGACAAAACUUCAACAAGUAAAUCAAGAAAUACAAACAUAUUGAAUUUUUUCAAGCCUAGAAAUCUUGAUUCGAGUACCCCUUCAUCUUCUGAGGCGACUAGUAUUCCACUAAAGAGAAGUCGUGUAGAAUUUAAUCCCAAUGAACUUAUUGUUGAUCCUGGACUACGACUGUGUAUUAAUGAUUAUGAUGUGGGAAUUAGAGAUCAAGUUAGAAGAGAAUAUUUGUUAAAGGGUCGGUGUCAACCAUAUGGUCAUAAUUUUUCAAAAAAAAAACAAGCGACAGAAAUGAGAAGCUUUUUAGAGGCAUGGUUCAAAAAGUUUCCUUGGUUGGAGUAUAGUGUAGAGAAAGAUGCUGCAUUUUGUUUGUAUUGUUACCUGUUUGCAAGUCCAGGUUCAAAGAGUCAUGACGCUUUUACAAGGAAAGGAUUUAACAAUUGGAAAAAGGCAACGGAAAAUUUUAAUGACCAUGUUGGUGCAGUAAGCAGUGUUCAUAAUGACGCAAGACGUCACUGUGAGGUUUUUCAGAAUCAACGUCAAAGCAUUUCCUAUGUUUUGACUACUCAAGGUCGUGAAACAGAAAAUGCUUACCGAACUCGUUUGACAGCAGUGUUAGAAGUUGUUCGCAUUCUUCUUUGGCAAGGUUUAGCAUUUCGUGGUCAUGAUGAGACUCUUGACUCUUUACAAAGGGGGAAUUUUCUUGAGAUAGUGUCAUGGUAUGCCAAGAUGGAUGAAAAAGUUAGGAAUGUCAUAGGUGGUAAUGCUCCUGGGAAUAACCAAAUGACAUCUCCCAAAAUUCAAAAAGAAUUAGUUAGUUCUUGUGCCUCACAAGUAACAUUAGCUAUUCUUAGUGAACUUGGAGAUAGAAAAUUCUCCUUACUAGUGGACGAGGCUCGGGAUUGUUCUGUUAAAGAACAAAUGGCAGUUAUGUUAAGGUUUGUGAAUAAGAAGGGUGAAAUAAUCGAAAGGUUUCUUGCCAUUGAGCAUGUUAGUGACACUUCAUCACGUUCUUUAAAAGCGGUUGUGGAUAUGUUAUUUGCUCGACAUAAUUUAUCUAUUUCUAGAUUGCGAGGUCAAGCAUAUGAUGGAGCAUCCAACAUGAGGGGAGAGUUUAAUGGGCUGAAGGCACUUAUUCAACGAGAAAAUCCUUUUGCUUUCUAUGUCCAUUAA